CAGAAAAUCCCCACCCUCUGCAAACCACCCAUUGUGACCUUCACCAGAGACACCUCGAACGGGCUCAAGUCACAAGACUGUCAACGGCAUUAGGGUGUUAUUUCCGGCUAAAAACUUCCAAGUGGAAGAUUCGUCGAGAGUGGAAGGACGGAUUCAAACUUCCAUAAAAUCGCAUUCUGAAGUUGGCUUCGUCGGUACCUCACCUUAACGCCAUGAAUAAUAAAGAUGCCGCCGUAGAGAAGGCCCCUCGGCCCACCGAUACAACAAUAGAGAACCCAGAAGCGAUUACAGAGCCUUCGGCCUCAACAAUUUCAGAACUAAAAGAUCCUGAUUCUGAAACUCCCAAAGAAGAUACUACCGAGUAUCCUACUGGAGUCAAGUUAUACACUAUUGUAGCCUGUCUCUUUGCCCCUGUAUUUCUAGUAGCCCUAGACCGCACCAUCAUUGGUACUGCGGUACCAAAGAUCACGGAUGAGUUCCACUCCAUCGACGACAUCGGCUGGUACGCCAGCGCCUUUUUGCUGCCCGGAUGCUCGUUCAUGCUCAUGUUUGCGAAAUUGUAUCAACUGUAUCCUAUCAAAUGGGUAUAUCUACUCUGUGUUACAACCUUCGAAAUCGGCUCUGCUAUUUGCGGCGCUGCUCCAACUUCUACAGCUCUCAUUGUGGGCCGAGCAAUCGCUGGCCUCGGCUCCUCUGGCUUGUUUUCAGGCACAAUCAUCAUACUGGUGCAUAAAAUCCCGCUCGCAAGACGGCCUCUUUUUCAGGGCAUGUUCGGCGCCGUGUUCGGUCUAGCUUCCGUCGUAGGUCCACUUCUAGGGGGAGCAUUCACGGACAAAGUUAGUUGGAGAUGGUGCUUCUAUAUCAACCUCCCAAUCGGCGGCGUCACGAUCAUCGGCCUCCUCUUUUUCCUCCACGUUGAAGGCACAAAUCUCGCCAAAACUCUCACGCCCGCCGAACAAGCCCGACAACUUGACCCCAUCGGUACACUUGCCUUCCUCCCAGGCGUAAUCUGCCUGCUUCUCGCCCUCCAAUGGGGCGGAUCCACAUACCCCUGGUCCAACGGACGGGUCAUUGCCUGCCUCGUCCUGGCAGGUAUCCUCCUCACCGUUUUCAUCCUAGUCCAAAUCUACAAUGGUGAGAAAGCCACGCUCCCGCCCCGAAUCCUCAAACUACGCUCCAUCCUCUCAGCGCUAUGGUACUCUUUCUUCUCGGGUAGUUCUAUGAUGGUCGUCGUGUACUACAUCCCCAUCUGGUUCCAAACCAUCAAAGGCGUCUCCGCGGUAAAUUCGGGUAUCCGCACCAUUGCACUCAUCCUCGCGCUCGUUGCCGCCUCUAUGACGGGCGGCUCGGUCACAUAUCGUACGGGAUACUACACUCCAUGUAUGAUCGUGGGAUCAAUGAUCAUGUCCAUUGGCGCGGGUCUGCUAACCACGUGGACCGUUGACACCGACCGUGCGAAGUGGAUCGGAUACCAAGUUAUCUAUGGCUUCGGCAUGGGUCUCGGUAUGCAACAACCCAAUAUUGCAAUCCAAACCACGCUGUCGAAGCGUGACGUCCCGACAGGCACUGCCCUGGUGUUCUUCGUCCAGCAGUUGGGUGGCGCGGUGUUGGUGUCCGCCGCGCAGAACGUGUUUGCAUCGAAGCUAAGGAUUUAUUUGGCAGGGAUACAGGGGAUUAACGUUCCAGAAGUUAUUCAUGCGGGAGCUACCGGGUUGCGGUUAGUGGUGCCGAAGGAGCUUUUAAGGGCGGUUUUGGUGGCGUCUAAUCGUGCGUUGAUGAAGGUGUUUUUGGUGGGUGUGGUUGUGAGUUGUUUGGGAAUUGUGGGUGCGUUGACAAUGGAAUGGAGGAGUAUUAAGGAUGGAGAAGGGCAGGGGGAGAGGCCAAAGGAGAAGAAGGGGGAUGAGGAGGAAGGGAAAGAGAAAGUGGGCGAGGAGAUAUCUUAGAAUCGCAGAGGGUGUGGUGUGGGAGAGGAGGUGGUUGCGGCGUUACAUAUAUUGGCUAGGGGACAGCCAGAGGCGCGGUAAUACGGGUAGGUCGACUACCAAGCCAUCAGCGAGAUCUCUAGGACCCAUAGACUGGAAUUUCUGUACACUAGAUACCCUUCUCAUUUUGUAAAUAUACCGGAUAUCUCAC